AUGGCAGCACCGGUCGUACCCACCAGCCAGCCCCGGCGUCGUCUCCGGGAUGUCCUUCCGGACCUGCAUCUCGGCUUUCACAAGCCCGGCCCCAAGAACGCCAUCACGGACGUGGAGGGUGUCCUGACCCACACCCACACCAUCCACGACAAGGAUGGCACCGUCAACACCGGAGUGACCACCAUCCUCCCCCGCAAGGACUGGUUCCACGAUGCCUGCUAUGCCGGCAUAUUCCGCUUCAACGGCUCGGGCGAGAUGACCGGAAGUCAUUGGAUUGAAGAGACCGGUCUGCUCUCAUCUCCCAUCAUCUUGACUAACUCCUUCUCCGUCGGGGAGGCGUACCGCGGGAUCUACGACUAUGCCAUCAAGAACUACAAGGACGCCGAGGGCGGCGUCGACUGGUUCCUCUUGCCCGUCGUGGCCGAGACGUUCGACGGUUGGCUAAACGAUCUCACGCAGUUCGCCGUCAAGCCGGAGCAUAUCGUCCACGGAAUUACGAAUGCCACGAGCGACUUGAUUCCCGAGGGCAACACGGGCGGCGGCACAGGCAUGAUCUGCCACGGACACAAGGGCGGCACUGGCACAGCCAGCCGUGUAGUCGCCGGACUCGGCUCCGCCGGUGCGGAUGGGCAGCAUCCCUCGAAGCAAUACACCAUCGGCGCGCUGGUGCAGUCCAACUACGGCCGGUUGAAGAACCUGCGCAUCAGUGGUGCUCCCAUUGGACGCAUCCUUUUUGAAGAGCUGGAGAAGGCCAACGCCGAUGAGGCCGCAAAAGCUGCAGCCGCCGAGGCGGACAAGGCCAAGGAUCAGAAGGACGGUAGUAUCAUUGUCAUCCUUGCUACAGACGCUCCUCUGCACCCGACUCAGCUGCAGCGGAUUGCAAAGAGGGCCACCGUAGGCCUGUCAAGAGUUGGCAGCUAUGGCCAUAACCCCUCGGGUGAUCUGUUCCUGGCAUUCUCAACGGCGAACAAGAUCCCGGUGCAGACAGUUACGGCCGAGGCUAGACAGGUCGACCCGUUUGUGGCCCGGCCGCUGACAGUCGAGGUUACAGACGACCAGACGAUCAACGCUCUGUUUGAGGCUGCCGCAGACGCAACAGAGGAGGCUAUCUACAAUGCGCUAUGUAUGGCAGAGACAAUGGUUGGGCAUAGAGGCCACAAGAUUGAGGCAUUGGAUUUGGAAAAGCUGAAAACCAUCAUGGCAAAGUACGCUUGA